AUGCGUUCUAAUGGCGCGGGGCACUUGGGGAAUGACACGUUUAUGGCUGUUACGCGCGACGACACUGACAACAUGUUUCUUGUGACAAGCAAACUGGUGGAGGAGCGCGUCACAUUGUACCCGUUGGCACGUAGAGUGAGCUUUACCCCACGCAGUGACACUGCUCCUGCCAUGGAUGUUGACAAAGCCUCAUCUGCGCCUUCGUGCAUACAUGCAGCAGAGAGUGGCGAAGCGACACCGGAUGCCGCGUUGGACGGCCCCCACCACGAUGUACGGCACAGCUUUCACCCCUCAGUUGACGGAAAGCUGGUGGCUGUCAUAAGCACAGGCCGAUGGAAGCACUACAUGAUCGACGUGUUGAGCGCCCGUGUCUGUGAGUUCCGCACAUUGGCUCCUGUGAUGGGGGUGGCGUGGCAUCCGAUCAGCACCCAGCGUCUCAUGCUUCUUCUGGCGACAGGGACGCUCCUUCUCCUUCGCGCCGACACCGCCGUCUUGGGGGUUGCCUUUGAAGAGCGGCAAGAGGUGCCGCUCAGGGAGAUUAUUGCGGAGUAUAAGGAUUACGUUCUCAACGGUGACGACGUCGUGGCAAUGGACCAGCUGGAGAAUCUGCGCGGCCGCAAGCGUGAGACGUCAGCGUCAAAAUUGAGUUACAAGUCACUCGAGCAGGAGGCUUUGGCGAGAAUUAAACAAGCUGAGAAAUCGCCGCCAGCAGCAGCUCUAACAGUGUCGCUUUCGUCACCGUCAUUUAAAUCAACACGAUCCGCCGCCCACGCAAGCGACAUAUCGUUGGAGGAGAGCAAGGGGGAUGAGACAACUGAGGAAGAAAGAGAGGAGGACGAAGAGGAAGAGGGAACAGGAGUAAGGCGGGUCGGCACAGAUCAUAAAACGGAGUUUGCGGUACCAGCAGAGUUGGACUCUACGAGGAACGAAAUGAAUAGUUCAAGUUUGCCGAUUGGGAUGUGCAUCAUUCCUGCGUCCCUGAGUCUCCCUGUGAUGCUGCUGGUGCUCAAUCGUGGUGGGGACAUCUUUUCCAUAAAAAUUGAUCAAAAUGGUCUUCCAACGACCCUGGUAAAAGAAUACGACGGUUGUGUCGAGACGCUUGUAGAUGGAAAGCUUAGGCAACAAGGUGAUGCUGGUCUUGCUCCGUGUGUGCACUACUUGCUGUGUGGCGGACCCUCGGGUGCUGGAUACGUGGAGGAGCCUCUCGCCAUUGGCUCAACGCUGCUGGACGAAGAUGUGGGUCGUCACGUUGUGUUUGUAAUGUACAGCAGCGGGGUGCUCCGCGGGGGAUGGUUUACUGAGCCAGAUCUGCUCUGCCGCGACCUCAUGCGGCGACAGAUGGACUUUGCAAUACACCUCGACGCGGCAUUUUUGCCUGCCCCACCGCUGCCGUGUGCUCUCACUAUGGUGUACCUCGUCGGCCUAUACACAUGCGGAAACGCAACUCUUAUCCGCUACAAUGACGCUGCAUACUUGUGCGUGUGGCCAACCUGGUCGCGCAAGGCCGGUGGCUGGAUAUUCCGCAACGUGGGUGAAGACGGGUGCCAGCGGGUGCCUCUUGUCAGUCAAGGUCCUGUCGUACCAGAGCCUGUUGCCCUUCGCCUCCCGUAUGACGUUUACGGGGCAAGUAUUGCGGUAGGUGUCAAUGACAUUCUUAUUUUCCCGGAGGUUAUUGGCGCCGUCUCUCUGGAGGAGCAGAGUUGCCCACGUUCGAAGGUGGUUACUGUGAAGAUAGCCAACCUGGUGUUGGCGGCACUUUACGCCUCCAACAAAAAGUAUAGCCUGACGUUUGACAACGACAUAAGCGACGCCAGUGAGGGCGAGAAUGCACCGGCAGAGGAAACUAGGCCUAGAUGCCUGGAGCGACUCCUGGAACUCACAGCAGAAAGCUAUAAGCGGUGGCUGUGCAGCUAUCCGCGGGAGGACAAGGACAACGCCACUAUGGAUUUGGCUAAAGGCGUGCAGGCCGCUCAUGAGGAGUUGAUAGCUCGUCAGAAUACAAUACAUAAGCGGGAGGGAGACCUCUCCGCGCGUGUGCAGCGCCUAUUGCAGAGGCAGCAAGAGUUGUCACAGAGCGUCGUCCACUCGCAGAGCAUCAUUCGGGAUGCAGUGGUGCAUCGAGGCGGGGUGGACGUCUUCUACGCAGCCAACGAGGCACUGGGGAAGGCACACCGACUCCUAAAUGAGCUAGAGGCGCUUGCGGCUAAGCAAAGCGACGCCAAACGGAGAGAGGAAGCGUCUCCAUUGGCAUAA